AUGAAGUUCACCUCGAUAGUUGCAGUUUUUUCUGCUCUUUUUGGAUUCUGUAAUGCGGUUGAUCUGGACGUUAGCAGCUAUGAUUCUAUAAGAUCUGCAUGUGCUUUGAUUGCAGAUGGUUUGAUGGACUAUUACUGGGGUUAUCAAUAUGGAGGUACGGUUGGUAUGUUUACCCAUCCUUAUUAUUGGUGGGAAGCUGGAGGAGCAUGGGGAUCCAUGAUCGACUACUCAUUCUUUUUCCAGAAUCAUACAUACGAUAAAACGAUCAUAACAGCCAUGGAAUAUCAGACUGGAGAUGAUGGAAAUUAUAUGCCUUUGAAUCAAACCACCACAGAAGGUAAUGAUGACCAGGUUUUCUGGGGUAUUGCUGCUAUUCAGGCUGCCGAAAGGAACUUCACGAAUCCAUCUAAAAAGGAUUUCCAAUGGCUUUAUCUUGCGCAAGGUGUGUUCAACACAAUGGCAUGGAGAUGGGAUAGCUCGUAUUGUGAUGGUGGCCUACGUUGGCAGAUUUUCCAAUGGAAUUCUGGUUAUAAUUAUAAGAACACAGUUAGUAACGCUGGACUUUUCCACUUGGCUGCCAGGUUGGCAAGGUAUACUGGUAAUAGCACAUAUUCCGAAUGGGCAGAAAAAGUUUACGACUGGUUGGUUGGAGUGGAAUUUGUUAAUGAGGGAAUAAAGACCCCUGGAUAUUAUUUUGCGUAUGAUGGUGCAUCAAUCGAAGGAAAUUGUACAACAAUUAAGCCUUAUCAGUGGUCUUACAACGCCGGAUUGUUGAUUGCAGGUUGUGCUUACAUGUACAACAGUUCCGGAAAUGAUACUUGGUUGACUCGUACAAAAGGUUGGGUGAAAGGUGUUACCGUGUUCUUUAACAGUACUACGGAUGUUAUGUAUGAGGCAGCUUGUCAAAAUGCCGGCACAUGUAAUAAUGAUCAAAGGUGUUUCAGGGCAUAUCUAGCCAGAUUCAUGAGUCUUACAGCUGUUUUAGCUCCUGAUACUUAUGACGAUAUUAUGACAUAUCUGACGGCAUCCGCAAAAGCAGCUGCACAGUCUUGUUCUGGAGGUUCUGAUGGACAUACGUGUGGUAUGAAUUGGUUCGUUGAUGGUUGGGAUGGUAAAUAUGGAUUGGGUGAACAGAUGUCGGCGUUGGAAGUUAUACAAAAUUUACUCGCUUCUGAACGAGCUGCACCUUAUACCGCAAAAAAUGGAGGAUCAUCUACUGGAUCUGGUAAUGCUGGAAUGGGGUCUACAGAAGAAUCAGAUAAACCUUUGGAUUUGGAUAAAGGAGAUACUGCUGGAGCAUCUAUUAUUACAGUAAUCAUUGGGGUUUCAAUUAUCGGCCUCGCAUAUUAUGUUUUGAAAUAA